AGCACAAAACACGGACGUAAAUGAAUUUGCCAAACUUGUACAGUAUCACGAUCAAAUCUUGAAUAAGCUUACAAUAUAUGUAUUUUAAUUAAUUAUGAUACCAAAAUCAAGACUUGAAAUAAAUUUUUGUAGGUUACUUUCACAAUGUGAAGAGCUUGCUGGGCAACGCAAACAAAAUGAUUGGAGGCUGGAAAAGUAUGUGAAAGCAUUAGAAGAAAAACUGAUGGAGUUGAAGAAACUGAAUACUUGUCAGCCUAGUAAAGAAUCAUUAGCCGAAUAUACGAAAAAAGUUGAAUUUCUUAAAGGAGUUAUUAACGCAGACAAACUUCCUUCAGCAGUUGAAAAAGCAAUGGCAAACCAAUUGUUAUUCUCUGGACUUUCUUCUUCGCCUAAUUAUUCUCGAACAAAAGAAAUUCAUCUUCAAAAUCAGUCACGUUAUACCCAGGAGAUGAGAAAAGAACUUUUUGGCAGUAAAGAUGCAGAUACUGUACCUGUUGAUGGCAGCAGUGAUAGUAUUCGUCAGCGAAAGAGUCCCUCAGACACAUCACAGACAGAGGAUUUGGAUUCUGUAUUGCGAUAUCAUCAUAGUGUACAGGAAAAAAUUGCAUCAGAAAUGGUUACCUUAGCACAGAGUUUAAAACAAAAUUCUUUACUGGCUGGACACAUCAUAAAGAAAGACACAGAGGUCAUAGAAAAAUCCUCCAAGUUAGCAGAUAAAAAUUAUGGACAGCUGAAGAUUGAAAGUGACAGACUCGAGAAACAUGCUCACAGAUCCUGUAACUGGUGGUUGUGGCUGAUGAUAGGACUCGUUUGCCUGACAUUUUUAUGGAUGAUUAUGUUCAUUCGUCUGUUUCCACGUCGUGUAUGAAAGGUUUAAAUAGACAUGUAAUGUAAUGUAAAUAAAAAUAUACUUUUAAUGAAUUAA